CUGUUCGAGUGUGUAGAAGGGUUCCUGUCAAUGGUCGACUCGCAUGAUUUGCUUGACGCUCGUGUCAUCAUCCUGUCGACGUUGGUAACAUCAACUGUUAUUGGAUCUAUGAAGCUAUACAAGAAGUUCCAGCCAAUAAGGUCGAUCCAUUCGAUACCAAAGGCAUAUUUCCACAACAAGACAUUGUACGGUUAUGUAACGAGGGUUGGUGAUGGAGAUAACUUCCACUUCUACCACACACCAGGCGGGAGAUGGCUUGGGUGGGGAACAAAGUACAGGCCACUGCCGAAGAAGCACUACAGAGGGAUUGGGACGCUGCCUAUAAGGCUCUGUGGUAUAGAUGCGCCUGAAAGGUCUCAUUUUGGCAAGCCAGCACAGUUGUUCAGCGAUGAGGCAUUGAUGUGGCUGAAGCUGAAGCUGCUACAUAAGAACGUGCGGAUGAAGCCUCUUUGUAUAGAUCAGUAUGAGCGUGUGGUUGGGCACGUUCAAGUUCGAGAAUGGCUCAUAUGGAGAGACGUUGGUAGGCAAAUGUUGAGAACGGGGUUGUGCUCUGUCUAUGAAGGCAGCCAGGUGGAGUUCGAUGGUAUGGAACGUGUAUAUAGGCAAGAGGAGAAGGAGUCGAAAAGAAAGAAAAGAGGAAUGUGGAGUGUGAAAACGUUGACUCCAAGAGAAUACAAGAGAAUUUAUAAUAAGCAUUGA